AUGUCCCUCUCAGCGAACAAUAUCACUGGCAGAAUACCGCGUGAACUUGGAAAACUGAAGAUUUUAAGUGAACUUUAUCUUCAUACAAGUCAUUUAGUAGGGGAAAUUCCAGAGGAGCUGUUUGAAUUGUCUUCUUUAAUCACUUUAUAUCUGUCUAGUAACAAACUUUCUGGUAGGUUGUCACCAUCUGUCGGAAUGUUGUUCAACUUACAGUAUAUUUACUUAUCAAGAAAUGAACUUAUUGGAUCAAUACCCAACCAACUUGGGGAGUGUUCAAAGUUAUUGUCCUUGGAUUUGAGAAACAACAAUUUUAAUGGAAGCAUUCCGAUCCAAAUUGGAAGAUUGGACUCGUUAUCAAUUCUGCUGGAUUUUAGUCAGAACAAGUUGAGUGGAGAGAUACCGUCAGACUUCGGAAAAUUAAACAAACUAGAAAAGUUAAAUUUAAAGGACAACAAACUUUUUGGAUCAAUUCCAUCUUCAUUUUUUCAAAUUGUUAGCUUGACUGUUGUGGAUUUUUCUUACAAUGAGUUGAGUGGACCUGUUCCAAACAUCAAGGCCUUUCAGAAUGCGUCAGUUGAUGCAACGAAGAAAAACAAAGGUUUGUGUGGUAAUAUCUCUAGAGGUCUAAAGCCAUGCAAUUCUCCGGAUGUGUUAAUUAGAAGAAAAGAGUUCAACAAGAAGCAUCUGGUGAUAAUCCUUGUCUCUGUGUUCAGUUCAUUGUUUCUUCUACUUCUGUUGUUUGCCAUUUUGUUUCAUUGCCGGAAAAAAUCUGCAAGCAAUGUUGAGGAUUCAGCCAAAACUGGAUCUACCAAUGUGGGGAGAAACUUGUUCUCGGUAUGGGAUUACGAUGGCACAUUAGUGUUUGAAGACAUAAUUGAAGCAACAGAGAAUUUUGAUACAAAGUAUUGCAUUGGGACGGGAGGAUAUGGGAGUGUUUACAAAGCAGAGCUGUCAAAUGGCCAGGUUGUUGCCGUGAAGAAAUUUCACUUGCCAGAUGAAGAUUCCGAGUUAUUUGUCAUGAACUCUUUUGAAAGCGAAGUGACUGCAUUGACAGAAACUCGUCACAGGAACAUCGUGAAGCUUUUUGGUUUCUGUUCUAAUCCAGAACGACGGAUAUCAUUUUUGGUGGAUGAGUUCAUGGAGAGGGGAAGCUUGAAAACUGUUUUAUCUGAUGGAGAACGAGCAGUGGAGUUCGAUUGGAUAAAGCGGAUUAGGUUCAUCAAUGGAACAGCUAAUGCACUUGCUUACAUGCACCAUGAUUGCGUACCUGCAUUAGUACAUAGGGACUUAACGAGCAACAAUGUCUUGUUAGAUUCAGAAUAUGGUGCUCGUGUGUCUGAUUUUGGUACUGCGAGAAUGUUAAAACCAGAUUCAUCAAAUUGGACAUCACUUGCAGGAACCUUCGGAUAUAUUGCUCCAGAGCUUGCUUAUAAAAUGAAGGUAACCGAAAAUUGUGAUGUUUAUAGCUUUGGGGUUCUAAUAUUUGAAGUGCUAAUGGGUAGGCAUCCAUCUGAAGUCAUCACACUGCUCUCUGAUUUACUUCUUCCGUCUUCGUCUUUGAUUCCAACGGAGACUGAUCAAAAGUUGAGAGACAUCUUAGACCAACGCAUCGGAGCUCCAGGGAAUGGUGUUCAGAAGGAAAUAAUGUACAUUACCAAGGUCAGAAUUUCAUGCUUACAGGGGAUCCAAGUACUCGGCCAACUAUGCAAGAAGUAUCGGUCGAGCUAUCAUUGUCAGCCAAGAGUAGGACAUCUUUUGCAAAGCCUUUGGAAACUGGCAGACCUGCUGAUAUUGUCUGAUGAAUUUGUGUAA